UCCUAUGCUGGCCUCGCUUUUCUUCUCUAUAUCGGAGUCAUGUAUCCAAUGCUAUUCAAAUCUCUAAUCACUCUCCGUUUUGUAUACAUAAUGGUGUUCUUGAUUUAUUUUGCUUCUUUUUUAAUAUCUAUCCCAACUGGCAUCUUUCAAGCCGCUAUUCAAAGCCCUGGAAUCAUCUCAUGCAACCAAAAAAGCUGCGUUCCGUUUGUGAAUCUUGUCGAAUUUAUCGUUACCGGUGUUUGUUUGGUUUUUACAAUUGCUGUGUUAUUUUUUGUAUUCAUCUCGUUGGUCAGGCAUAAUAGGAAACUGAAAAGGUCGGACACCCUCUCAUCGUCAGCCUCAUCUAUGAAACGAGUCCGUCGUCGACUGGGAUGGGCAAUUAUCGCAGUAAUUUUCAUUUCGGCUGCUCAAAUUAUUCCCUAUGUAUACCUAUUGGAUGUGGCUCCUCAUGACGUCAAAAGUUGCGAUGGAUUCUAUAAAGCGAACAAGUUCGUCGGAGAAGUUAUCGCUGGAUUCGUGGAGUCGCUAGUUUGGAUUUUUGUAUUUUUGUUGGACCCAAUUAUGAACAUUUUUUGUGAUAAGAAAAUGUCCGAGAAGGUUAACGGGCAGUUCCGUCGAUUACGAGAACGCCUUCCAAAUGCUACGUUGGCUUCUGCAAUGGUCCCAAGAGGAUGA